CCUUCCCUCCCAACUCCUGCUUGCUCUUCCUUGCAAGCCAACUCUCAACGCCUUCCCUUCCUCCUCCACCCCCUUUCCUUCUCCUCAGACGUAUCUUCCAUGUCCUCCCCACUGCAAUCCCCCCAUAAAUCACCUCCAUAGUCGCUGAAGAAUUGCAGAGGAAUCCCUUCAUUGACAAUGGCAACAAAUAUUACUGACGUAGAAGCUCAGCAGCAACAGCAGCAGCAGAAGCAGCCUCUCUUGGCUCCAGAUUCGUCGGGUGACGAUCAAGUGACCUCCGUCCAGAGAGCCAUCAGCCAGACCUUCAGGAGCACCGCCCACCUCGCCAAACUGCUCCCCACCGGCACCGUGCUGGCCUUCCAACUCCUCUCCCCCAUCUUCACCGACGGAGGUCAUUGCAUGGCGGCGAACCGGCUGAUGACCGCGUGUCUCGCGGCCCUCUGCGCCCUCUCAUGUUUCGUCCUCAGCUUCACGGACAGCUUUCGGGACGGGAACGGCACGGUGCGGUACGGACUGGCGACCUUCAAGGGACUGUGGGUCAUCGACGGGACCGCGCCACUCCCUCCCACAAUCGCAAUUGGCUACAGGAUCAAGUUCAUCGACUUCGUCCAUGCCUUCAUGUCCUUUCUGGUUUUUGCAGCGGUUGCGCUGUUUGACCAGAACGUCGCGUCCUGCUUCUAUCCCAUACCGUCGGAGGAGACGAAGCAGGUCCUCACGUGCCUGCCGGUGGCGAUCGGAGUUAUCUGCAGCAUGCUGUUUGUUACGUUCCCCACCACCCGCCAUGGAAUUGGCUUUCCCCUUUCUCCACACUGAGGCCAGCCAAUCAAUCUAUUCCCUCCUCCCUUCUGUAAUAAACACACCUGUUGGUAUUUCCCAUUCAUUAAUUGCUGAUAUUUGAAGAUUGUUGCUGUUGUCUGGAGUAGAAUAAAAAGAAGAAAAACGAGUGGCUCAAA